GCCUUCGGGCUCUCCAAGCUGCGCGCCGCGCUGGUCCAGGGCAUCGUGGAGGACCAAGUGGUGCUGGAUGCUGUUGCAAAGGACCCAGCGACGCUAACUCAUCCGCCAUUGAUGCGCGAGCUUUUGGCUUCCAUUGCCAGCAAGGCUUGA